AUGUUUGAUGGGAAGUGUUAUGGGGCAAAGUCUGACAUUAGCCUUCCCCUCCGGGAGUGCCCAAAGCCCAGUCACAGCAACUUAAUUUCUAAACCCGAACCCAACAAAUAUUCUGUGAACCAAGACCCUGAUCCACACUGGCUACUCUGUAUACCUUGGGAUAUAGUUUUUAAAUUGUUGCAUUGGGAUCCUUUAACACCCCCUAUAACACUUGUGACCAGUAGUGAUGACAAAGCCAGCUGCCCAGAAUCAGAAGCCAGCAAAACACCCGCAGACAGUUCUUCAGAGUGUAGUAACGUCAAUAACAAAGUAACUACAGAUGAACAGCCACAGAGUUCCGAAGCUGCGCCGCCACCAGACUCACAUGAAGAUAAGUCCGAUACUCAGAGUGAAGCACUACCGAGUGGAGAAGCCGUUAGUUUUAAGCUCGUGUACAACAAGACGAAAUACGACGUAGAAUUCCCUCUAGACGGCACUAUCAAACAGCUUAAGGAACAUCUAAGUUCAAUAAUCAAUGUAUUACCAGCAAUGCAGAAAGUAAUGAUUAAAGGUCUAGCGAAGGAUGAGAAGACCUUACGAGAGCUAGGUGUGACCCGAGGUUCCAAGGUUAUGAUUGUGGGAUCCAAGUUAGAUGACGUCGUCAAUGUCAAUACUCCAAAGGCUGAGAGUACUUCAUCUGAGAAGCCAAGUACCUCGACCUCCACAAAAGAACCUCUCAGCAGACAAAAGAUCCAUCGCAAAAUUCUGGACAAGGGGCUCCCAGAUGAUGUUAUGCCGGGUAUAAAGAACAACAAGGAAUUAUUGCCUUCAUAUCCACUAUCUGGGAUGCUGAACAAACAUGGAGGAAAAGUACGACUAACAUUCAAAUUAGAAUUGGACCAAUUAUGGAUCGGCACUAAGGAACGGACAGAGAAGAUCAACAUGAAUCACAUUCGUCAAAUUGUCUCUGAAGCUAUAGAAGGCCAUGAGCAAUAUCACAUUAUGGGUUUACAAUUAGGACCUACAGAAGCUUCGCGGUACUGGAUCUACUGGGUUCCUGCGCAGUAUGUGGAUGCCAUCAAAGAUACUGUUCUUGGCAAGUG